UCCCAACAAUUAACGAGAGAGAGGAGGAGGAGGAGAGAGAGGGGAGUAGAAAGGAGGCCUUUCCCCUUCCCAUUCUCUCCUCCCUCUCGCUCUUUCCCUUCCAUUUACUCUAAAUCGAGAGGAGGAGGGAAGAAGCGCAUGCCAUGUGUAUGUUACGUAGAUAGAAACUUUUUAAUCCUGUCGUCGUAUCUUUUGCCCGUUAAAAGGCUGGAGAUUUACUCCUCAUCUCGUGAGGUCCGACAGCAGCAGCAACGGCAACCGCUUUCUAAAUCCAAUCAUCGCCAUGCCCAACUCCUCCUUCCUCAAGCUUUCCCUCUUCGUCGCCGGCGACCCUGCCGACACUCCGACCGCCGCCGUCGCCUGCUCCCCCACUGCCUGCCGCUCCCGGCGAAGCUUCGCCGACGGCGCCGUCGGGCUUGGCAUCGUCGCCGCCAUCAGCGGCGGCGGAGGCCGCGGGAGGCCUGCGGCGCUGACCCGGUCGGAGCCGAUCCCUAUCUCCCCGACGAGGGCCUUGGCGGCCGCCCGACCGCCGGAGCCGGACGAAGGGGCGCUCUCCGAGAGCUACACGUGCGUGAUCUCGCACGUCGGGGGGAACUCCGUGAGGAAGAGAGUCUAUUUCGGCGAUGGCUCCGAAGUCGUCACUAUGGACGUCCGGAGGCGCCGGGAAGUGAUCUUCGAGACGCCGCCGCCGAUACCGCCUCCGAAGCCGGCGAUUCCGUUCGCCGCCAUGGAUUUGUUGAGCCACUGUCAUUUGUGCAAGAAGAAGCUCGAGGGGAUCGAUAUCUACAUGUACCGUACGGCAGAUGCUUUUCCUCCAGUAAUUACUAGAGUCAUCAAGAAAAAGGGAUCUAGAAGUUCAACUUCCGAUACACUAGAGUGCUUUGUACCCUCUCACAAAGGAGACAAAGCCUUCUGUAGUCCAGAUUGCAGAUGCCAGCAGAUGCUGUUGGAUGCGCACAGGGAGAACUGUGGCUCUGAAGUACUGAACUCGUUCGAAUGCUCUCUGUCUCCCUGUUCCUUCCCUUUGCUCUUUGCAGCUGGUGUUGCAGCAGCUUAAUCGUGUGAUAGUAAACUAAAGAUGAAACCACAAGAAACAGGUAGCCAUGAAAGAAAAUAAGAGAGAGGCUGUCAGAGUGAAUAAUCGGUAUGGCCAGCAUUAUAUAUAUAUGCAUUGAGAAAUGGAAGAGACUGAUCUAAACUGCUUGUUGAUCUCAUCUUUUCAGGCAAAGCCCUGAAGAGAAACGAUGUAACAAAUAUGUGAUUUUUAAAUCCCCAUGUAGCAGAGAAUGCAUCAAUAGAUUGUGCAUGCAAUAAAUUCCCAUCUUCUAAGGC